AUGAACAUUGUUAAUGUUAAAGUAACGGAGGCGGGCUUAACUGUGACUUAUUCUGAUGGCAACAAGUUAAAUCAUCCCGACACAAAUCCAAAAACUAAUGAAAAGGGUGCCAUUUUCUCAUAUAAAACAGUUGGCAAAGAUGAGCAUAAAACUACUUUAUAUGCUGUAAAACUCGGUAAUGUGCUCGGUAAAGCGCUGGAGGUACAAGGAAUCAACGUUCCAAAUGCUACGUUAAUCGAUUUACCAGACGGUUAUGCGUUAUAUGAACGUGUUAAACAAUAUCCAGUUGACGAUUCGGGUAAAGCGAAGCCAACAAGAAAAGACACUUAUUUGUUUGGUAAUGGUUCAAAGUUCCGUUCACCUGCUGAAUUUGAAGAUCAUAUUUUAUGGUUAGCUUCAGAUAAGGCAUCUUCUUGCAAAUGCAGAUACUGUGAUAAAGAUUGGUGUCAAAAUCUUUCUAAAAAGUCAAAUGUAUUUUUACUGGACGAAACUUCGAACUUGCCAUUAACAAUUCAAGAAAUAAAUCCUAAAAACAAAAAAAAAUUUAUUAGUAUGUACCGAUGUGAAGAAAUUGUAUGGGGUGAUAUAAAAUAUAUAUUGAACCCAAGCCAAUAUGAGUCCUUGUUUGAGGAGGUCGGUGCCGAUCAAAUAAAGUAUUGGCCGGCAUUAGUUUGUAAACGAUUAAAAGAACAAUAUAGAAAUGGUUUUGAGAUCUUAUAUAUGUUAAAACCAUUGAUGUUAUCCAGAGUGAAGAAAUUAUCUUACAAAUUCAUUCUACCAUGGUUAGCCUACGAUUCUUCGAAUUCAACACAAGCGAUUGGAAAGGAAUUGUAUAGUGAUAGCCAAAUUCGUUUACUAAGGAUCACGAAACAUUAUGAGCUAGUUAAUGCUUACCUUAAAGCUAUAACACGGGCAAAAGAGAUUGCUUCAACAUUCACCGCAUUACAGCAAUAUCAAUAUACUCUACCAUCUUUAUCCUUUACGAAAAUUGAGAGUGUGAGUGAAAGGAGAUUACUGCAACAAAUGGGAACAUAUCCACAUUUCAGAGAAAUUUUAUUAGGCAAUGAAGUGUUACGAGAAGAUGAUUAUGUUCGUUUGACGCGUGCUUCAUAUAAUUCUACCGACAAAUUACCAGUUUUUAGAAUUAAUGCUAUUUUUUUAAACGCUCUAAAUAAAAUUCAACUAAGUGGUGAUAUGUUUAUCAGAGGCCCAUCGAAAUAUG